AUGAAGCAACGAGUUCAUAUUAAAACUGUUACAACAAUAGUUAUCGUUAGUCAAGGUUUUAACAUGAAAUACGUUUGCUUCUUCUUAAUUUUGUUUGUGGGUCUGGCGAUGUCUGAAGUCGAUCCCAAAUGUUCGCAACCGAUUGAUUCUGGAAAUUGCUUCGGAUACAAUGAAAUGUUCGCUUUUGACGUAAAUACUCAAGGAUGUGAGAAAUUUAUUUACGGAGGGUGUCAAGGCAACGACAACAGAUUCUAUAGUCUCGAGGAGUGUCAGACUAACUGCCAAUUCGUGUUAUUAAAAUCUUCUUUACCUACAUCUAAAAAUAUGUCUGGCCGUGAAGGUGGUAAAAAGAAGCCUUUAAAGGCACCAAAGAAGGAAUCAAGAGAAUUAGAUGAUGAUGACCUUGCUCUAAAACAGAAGUUAAAAGAACAACAGAAAGCAUUACAGGAUGCCAAAGCAAAAGCUGCACAAAAAGGUCCUUUGGUGUCAGGAGGAAUCAAGAAGUCUGGCAAAAAGUGA